CGCUGUUCAUUUGUUCAGUAGUUGGUCUCGGAAAAUGGCGUCGGCAAAAUUUUUAGAGGAGGCUCUGAAUACGGACGUUGAUGAAUCAGCCGUGAGUGCUAUUGUAGGUUCUUUAGAGAAUCAACUCGGAUCGUCGACACCACAUUCACAAUCACAGAAUAGUGGAUUGCAACAAAAUCACGUAAAUAGCCCGAUUUCAAACGGCGGGACGGCGGCCCCGCAGAAACAUGGGACCAUUGCCAAUGGUGACUCGAUUAGUGCAAGUGUUUCUAAUAUUGACAAACAAAUGAACAAUGCAUUUAUAAAUGCUCAGCCUACUAUUACUUCGACAUAUACUUUACAGCAAACGGAUCAAAAGCCACCUGAGGGUGUAAAAGUUGUGUAUACACAAGGGGGACAGGUUAUGGGAGGACAAGGAACUAUUGUCCAGGGACGGGUUGCAACACCACAGGGUCAAAUACCAAAUGGGGCUAUUGGAAUGGCACCUCAAACGGUGUUUGGUACAGUUCCUUCUACUGUUCACCAGGUUCAGCAGCUACAACAAAAACCGCCAACGAUAGUAUUAAAAACGACAGGAAACCCCAGCGGUGCUCCGGGAUUGGUCACUGUGCCUGUGAAUGCAGUUCCCCAAUCAAAUAAUGGCACACAAGGCAAUCAUACAUUAGGUGUGUCAUCCCAACCAAUCCUUUCCAAUCUGCCAGUGGUGAAUGUGCGUCCGCAAGGGGCACAAGCUAAAGGUCCCGCAAGGGUGGUCUUAAGUACGGGCCCGGGUCUUGUGGGAUCCCGGCCUGGGACACCUCAACUAACCUUACAGUCAUUUCACGGUUUACAACCUGGUCAACAGGGAGCGCUGCUCUUAAAGACGGACACUGGUUAUCAACUGCUUCGUGUGGGUCCGGCUCCUCAGGCAGCUAAUUUGGCAUCGUCGCAACCGGGAGGACAGCCUGUAACGUUUCGCAUGCCAACUGUAGCAGCGCAGUCUGUGUCAAGUGCAUCUACCAAUCCAGCACAAGCUGGCAGUACAACUACAGUGACUACAACUCAACCAGUGGUUCAGCAAACUCAAGCUGUUCAGAGACCAGCAAACGACAAUACCAAAGAAAAAUGUCGCAAGUUUCUUGCAAACCUUCUAGAACUGUCCAGCCGAGAACCAAAGGCUGUAGAACGGAACGUGCGAACUUUAAUACAAGAACUAAUAGACAACAAAGUAGAACCUGAUGCCUUUUGUGAUAAAUUGGAAAGAUUAUUAAAUGCAAGCCCACAGCCAUGUCUCAUUGGAUUUUUGAAGAAAAGUCUCCCUCUUCUGCGGCAUUCUCUCGCCACGAACGAGAUGACGAUAGAUGGCAUCAGACCUCCUCCUCCCAACGUCGUCUUUUCCAUAGCAGGUGCCACUCCCACUGUGCAGACGGUACGACCGGCCGCCCAAGUGGCACCUGGUCAAGUGCGGAUAGUCGGCCCGGGUACGGCCGUGGUAAGGUCCGCCGCUCCUGGGGCGGUGUUGCAACAGAGGUUGGUGGCUCCAAUUAGAGGACCGACAGUGCAACAACAACCGACUAGGAUGGUUACAGCGAUUAGACAACCAGGACCAACAGUACAACAAGUCACCGCGCAAACUAUCAGUUCGUCUCAACCUCCCGCCCUCCAUCCGGUGUUCUCCGCUAAUCAAGCGCAACAACAGUCGCAACAUACGACCCAACAACAGCCAAACCAGCCCAGACCCACGGUACCGAGACCGGUGCAGGUACGGCCCGCGGGUCAGGGUCGGCCUCCUCCUCAGAGAUUGCAGACCCCCUCCGGUGGAAAAGUUGCCGCCGUAGGGGGUAAAGCUUUGGCUGGACAAGGAGCGAGCAGACCAACUGCCAAAGAGAAAGAAAAGAAAGGUUUUUCGACGGCCUACUCUGGAGAUGACGACAUUAAUGACGUAGCAGCAAUGGGCGGUGUAAAUUUGGCAGAAGAAACUCAGAAAAUUUUAGGACCUACAGAAUAUGUGGGAACGCAAAUUCGCUCCUGUAAAGAAGAUAUUAUGUGUUCAUCAGCACCCUUCCAAUAUAAGAUUAGGCAAGUCAUGCAAAGGCACGGAUUAGACGAUCCGAGUACGGGUGAUGUUGCGGCGUGUAUAUCGCAUGCUGCGCAAGAGAGACUGCGGGAUAUGGUAGAAAAAUUGGCUGUUAUUACUGAACAUAGAUUAGAAAUAGUUAAAAGCGAUUUUCGCUAUGAAGUUACGCAUAAUAUUAAAGGACAGUUAAAGUUUCUCGAAGAUGUAGAUAAGGCAGUGAGGAAAAGAAAAGAAGAAUUAGAGCGAGAACAGAUGCUUAGGGCUGCAAAAAGUCGUUCAAAAACUGAAGAUCCUGAACAAGCUAAAUUAAAAGCCAAAGCGAAAGAAAUGCAGCGAGUUGAGAUGGAAGAAUUAAGACAGAAGGAAGCCAAUGCCACGGCAUUGCAGGCUAUUGGCCCCAGGAAAAAACCUAAAUUGGAGGGGGAAAAUAGUGCAGGAUUACAGAAUAGUACAUCCGGUCCAAACAAUACGCUCAGAGGGCAGAUGCCUCUUAGGCAGCGAAUUAAAAAAGUGACUAUGAGAGACUUACACUUUCUGUUUGAAUCAGAAAAAGACUCGUGCAGAAGUAAACUGUUAUAUAAGUCGUAUCUUAAGUGAUGCUGGCUUCUACACAGUGUUGUGAUAUUACUCUUGGGACCUUAUAGUCCUAUCAAAAUUUGGAUGUAGCUUUAAAAAUAGGAAAUAUCUAAAGCGAAUUCUGUUUUGGUGUCAAAUUUAGCCAACAUCUGAUUAUUUUUCUAUACUAUAAACUCCCUUUUAGAUUUUUUCUGUUACAAAUUAAACUGAACUAUUUUAUCUUCAUAUCAGCUAAGAAACAUACCAUACUUUAUGAUAGUAAAUUUAUUUAUACUUUGGAAAAAUAAAGCUAGAAUGGCAGUCCCAAUUUAUUAGUAUAAAGGUCUUGAAAUACUCACUUAUACAUAUUUUACAAAUAUUCGAUAUUGUAGAUACAUGUUUGAUAAACGGAUGUAACGCUGUUUCGGGUAGUAAAAAAUAAGUGAAAAAGAAUUCGAACUAGUCGUCGUGUUGUGUUGUGACAAUUUCAAAUGUUAAUAAAAUUGCCGAAAAAAUGCUAACGCGUAAAGGAGAGCGUAAUUAGGACGUUGUUGGGUGCAAUAACAUUCAAUAACUCAACUUUCUCGGAUAUUCAACUCCAAAACAACAUUUUAUAGGUUCAUAGUUUCUCAUACCGAUUUGAUUAAAAGCAAAAAUAAAUUCAAGAUUCAAGCAGUUCGACGAAAGAAGUGAGUAAACAAAGUGCUCGUUAUAUAAUCAAAAAAUUAAAUAGAGA